UAUCAAGAUGCUGAUUAAACAAUACGGGUGUGCUCCCGACUGGCCACAAUUAAAAGCUACUCUGAAAUGUGCAGUUUUGUCUUGACAAAAGACAUUUAUUUGGCUCCCUGUCAUCUGUCAAUUCCUGAUACGGUAUUUUCCCUUACUUCUUCUACAGAUAAGAUGAAGAUAGCAAGGCUUUCAGUUGUAACAGAGACAGCUCAGGUAGAGUCGUUACCUGUAACUGUGUCACCUGUGUCUCUUCACUGCCCUGCCCCCUUCAGCAGAGCUGCCCUCCUCUCAUCAUCAUCAUCACUCUGCCACUCCUGCGGCGUUGCUCUCUGCUUGAAGGGGACACUGGCCUGCUCCUCACCCACUGAUUCUGCAUGACUGUCACAAAGAUGUCAUGGCGUCCGACCUACCGAGGCUCCAAGUUUCGAAAUGUGUACGGAAAAGUGGCGAACCGGGAGCACUGCUUCGAGGGGAUCUCCAUCACCAAGAACGUCCACGACAACCACUUCUGUGCCGUCAACUCCAAGUUUGUGGCAGUCGUCACGGAGAGCUCCGGCGGAGGCUCUUUCAUUGUUAUCCCCGUAUCCCAGUCUGGCCGCUUGGACUCUCACUACCCAAAAGUGUGUGGGCAUCAAGGCAAUGUACUGGAUAUCAAGUGGAAUCCCUUCUUUGAAAACAUCAUAGCAUCGUGCUCUGAGGACACCUCGGUGCGAGUAUGGGAGAUCCCAGAGAGCGGUCUGAGGCGGAACAUGACGGAGGCGGUGCUGGAGCUGUACGGCCACAGCAGACGGGUGGGUCUGAUCGAGUGGCACCCCACCAGCAGCGGCAUCCUCUUCAGUGCUGGCUACGACUACAAGAUCCUCAUCUGGAACCUGGAGAUCGGAGAGCCGGUGAAAAUGAUCGACUGCCACACUGACGUCAUCCUCAGCAUGUCCUUCAACACAGACGGCAGCCUGCUGGCCACCAGCUGCAAAGACAAGAAGAUGCGUGUCAUUGAACCACGCUCCGGGGCAGUCCUUCAGCAAGCCAGUUGUAAGAACCACCGUGUAAACCGAGUGGUGUUCCUGGGCAACAUGAAGCGACUGCUCACCACAGGGGUUUCUCGCUGGAACACCCGGCAGAUCGCUCUCUGGGAUCAGGAGGAUUUGUCCAUGCCAAUUGUGGAGGAGGACAUAGACGGCCUCUCAGGACUGUUGUUUCCCUUCUAUGAUGCCGACACACACAUGUUGUACCUGGCAGGAAAGGGGGACGGCAACAUCCGUUACUUUGAGAUUACCACAGAGAAGCCGUACUUACAAUACCUAAUGGAGUUCCGGUCCCCGGCCCCACAGAAAGGACUGGGUGUGAUGCCAAAGCAUGGACUGGAUGUGGGAGCUUGCGAGGUGUUCCGCUUCUACAAGUUGGUCACCCUGAAGGGUUUGAUUGAGCCCAUUUCAAUGAUUGUGCCAAGAAGGUCAGACACGUACCAGGAGGACAUCUACCCCAUGACAGCAGGAACAGAACCUGCGCUGUCUGCCAGUGAAUGGCUGAGUGGCAUUAAUAGAGACCCAGUGUUGAUGUCCCUAAAGGACGGUUACCACCGGCCAAACCAGUUAGUGUUCAAAGCCCCAGUGAAGGAAAAGAAGAGCGUCGUAGUGAAUGGGAUCGACCUGCUGGAGAAUGUACCACCCAGGACAGAGAACGAGCUCCUGCGGAUGUUCUUCCGGCAGCAGGAUGAGUUGCGGCGGCUGAAGGAGGAGCUCACCACCAAGGACGUGCGAAUACGCCAGCUGGAGCUCGAGCUCAACAACCUGAAGAACGUUAGCCCGAACAACGUCUGACCUCUCAGCCUUCUGGACUGGCAAAGCUGCUUCUUUUGCCCCCCAAUUCUGACCUCUGAUCAGCUUCUGAGCCCUCCCGUCCCUCUUUUUUUUUUGAUAUGUCACACUAUAUCACAACUUCAUUCCUGCAGCCCUGCAUAGUACACACAAUAUUAUGAUAACUGUUGGAUAAGGUCUUAACUGGUGCAACUACUACAAAACUGUAAUAAUGACAAAUGUGAUACGUAAUAGAGGCCAAGCAGCGUCCACUGAUUGCCACCUUAACAGAAAUCCAUGAUUGGGAGGAUCUGAGAUCCAAUCAAAUGAGGUAUUAUCUAUGUAUUUUAUUCUUGAUUGAGCACAAUCUCAAGUGCUGUGAUCAGUUAUUGCAUAUUUUCUGCCAGAUUUCCUGUGUGCUUGUCUCAUCAUUCAUGCGACAAUAUGUUGAUCACCAAAUCAUCUUCAAGUUCUCAUUUUUUGCUGAGGCAAAACCGGAGGAUAAAAAGACUGUCACUGGCUCCUAUUUUUCGUCCCCAAGGCCUUAGACCCUGCUGCAGACACAGAUUGCAGCGAGCUGCAGCAUCCUCUCAAAAUGGCUGACGUGAAGUGGUUUCGUAACCGACAGGCGAGACAAGCUUUUGCAGACAUGGAUCACAUUUUUCCACAGAGCUGCUUUCCCAUAACUUGUUUUCUCACCUGCAAAUGUUGCUGGCUGUAAAUUUAGUUCACAAUACUGACCUAUAGCAACACAAAUCCAGCCUAUCUUUCCCAGGAAAGUGGUUAGUUCACUUUCAGUAUUCUCAGUCUUUAUUUAAAUAGUGGGAAAGCAGCUGAGGAGACAUGGGUCCAAAUGUGGUGGACUUUCGAACACGGUCGGAAGGGAAGCUUUGCUGGAUGUAAUUGGUUUUCAGGGCUAAUUUGGAGUAUGGGGGUGUAAUGUACAGUGUAUUUGCUUCUAUUUAUUGGUCACACUUUACCUUUCUAGCUAAUAACGUGUUUGUUAAUCCCAUUGUUUUUGUAUGAUGUGGCCACGCAAGUAAUGAUUGUGACGCUUGAUAGACUUUGCUGAAUGUUUCUGGUUGAAAUGGUGCGAAAUGGUGAACUUGUGAAACUGUACCUUAAAUGGUAUUAGUUCUUGGACUCCAACAACAUAGCUUCAGAUAAGUUAUAAAAAUGUACUCUUGCCUAUUCCUAACAGUGCAGAAAACUGCAAUUAUAACCAUCCUUUUUACAUUUAAACUAAGUAUAUCACUGUUACUGAAAUGUGUUUACCUGUAGAUGUGUCAUUCUGCCUCCCCUUCUGCACUUGUAUCAUCAACAGACUUUGGCUGAAUUGUGGUUUAACUGCCUAUUUUCUACCGCUGAGCUGUUAAAAGAAGUGAGCAAAGGAUUAAUAUUUGACAGGCUCGACUAUGCUAGUCAGGUUCAACCAGUUACCAAAACGAUUCUGCAAAACAUGCCUUGCAUGUUUUAAUCCAGGCCCAGUCAUAUUUAGCCUUGUUUAUAAUUUGGCUGCAGGGAGAGCAAGAAUCAAACUUGUACCUCAAGAAAGUACAAAGUAAGUUAAGGACUGAAGGUCACAAGUCAGGUCUUCCCUAAUCACAUCGUAGUGGUGACAUAGAAAGGUCCCAAGCUUUUAUUAUUUUAAUAUUUAAAUAAAGUUUAAAGAAUCGGAGAGAAAAAAAAACACACAAAGUCUUUAAAUGGAGAUGUGACCCACUGACACAUUUAUAGUAAAUGUGAAUGUUUCUUGAAGGAAAAAUAAAAGUCUACAGUGAGAGUAGACAGGGAGGACCUAAGAGAGAUGGAUCAUCUACAGCGGUGAGACAGGUGAAGUCGCAGGAGGACUAAUAUCAACCACUAACCGUUCAUUUCUGGAGAGGAAGUUUUAACAGGACCGAAAAGCUUUCAUGCUUUUAAAAAGACAGAAACUUUCUUUGUACUUUGACCUUGAUUAACUUUAUUGUGAAACAAGUACACAUCAGCCUAAAUUAGCUUAGUUUGGUCUGUCAGUCUUGUUCAGUGUAGUUAACAGUAUCACAUCUCAUUCCUCUGAAAUACGCAUCCUGAAUCAAGUUCCCGUAUGGAGGGAAAGCAAAUACUAUAACCAUGUGACCUUUGACUGGAAUUCUGCAUACACUUUAUCAUUUGGCUUAGGUGUGUUGUACAAGGACCACAACAAUUCAAAACAUAUAUAAAAGGGAUUUAUUGAAGUGAAUGGGAGGGAAAAAAAGCAACAAUUUGGCUGAUGACAGUGGCUUUAACGUGGAGUGAAAAAUCACUGAGGUAGGCCAAUUUGACCAUGACGUAGAAUAGUGAAAACAAACUGACCUUUUUCCAGAGUUUACACUUUGAAACAAUAAAAUUUCAAUGCACAUAA